CACCAAGCCUUGCAGCCGGAGAACUUCCAUCUCGCUCCCCUGGCUUUGAUCCUCACUGUACAUCAGACCGGAGGCGCCGAGGGGAGGGAGGAUGCGAGAUGACCGGCCCUUUGGCAACCUGACCAUCAUCUCCUUAGCAGAGCCUUCGAAAGCCAGCCGGGGGCUGACAGGACGACCAAGGAGGCGCCCCGCCUCUUGUGGAUGUGUGUGUGUGUGUGAGCGGGUGUGAGUGAGGGUGUGUGUGUUUGUGUGUGUGUGCAUCACGACUGUGUGUGUGCAUGUCUGGAUGAGUGCGUGAGUGCACGCGCGAGUGUGUUUGUGUGUGUGCGUCUGAGUGUGUGAGUGAGUGCUCUUGGUUAUUAUUUUUUUGGAAGAAAAAUCUUGAAAAUCUGGGGCAGGUUACCGUGCUCCUAGGGUGGUGGUUCUUCUUUUGCAAGAGGAGCUGACCAGACCAAGCUACUAGAGACAUUUUUCCACGAGUCAAGAGAAUUUUCCUACCAGACCGAGAGGAUUCUUCCCCUGGCUCUGCAGCGAGUGAAAGAGAUUAGCUCCUAAACCUGUGAAAUCGACCAGAGCCGUGUGAUUACCAGGGCUUGAGAGUGGACGCGCAAGAAAAGGAGAAAUAAAUCAAACCGCCUGUCAGUGCCUUUGGCCACAUUGGAAGAUGUCAUCGCAAACUAAGUUCAAGAAAGACAAAGAGAUCAUCGCCGAAUAUGAAGCCCAAAUAAAAGAGAUCCGCACGCAGCUGGCGGAGCAGUUCAAAUGCCUGGAGCAGCAAUCCGAGUCCCGGCUGCAGCUGCUGCAGGACCUGCAGGAGUUCUUCCGGCGGAAGGCCGAGAUCGAGCUCGAGUACUCCCGCAGCCUGGAGAAGCUGGCCGAGCGCUUCUCCUCCAAGAUCCGCAGCUCCCGGGAGCACCAGUUCAAGAAGGACCAGUACCUCCUCUCGCCUGUGAACUGUUGGUAUCUGGUCCUGCAUCAGACCAGGCGGGAGAGCCGAGACCACGCCACCCUCAAUGACAUCUUCAUGAACAAUGUCAUCGUCCGCCUCUCCCAGAUCAGCGAGGAUGUCAUCAGACUCUUCAAAAAGAGCAAGGAGAUUGGCCUGCAGAUGCAUGAGGAGCUCCUGAAGGUCACCAAUGAGCUCUACACGGUCAUGAAAACCUACCACAUGUACCACGCGGAGAGCAUCAGUGCGGAAAGCAAGCUGAAGGAGGCCGAGAAGCAGGAGGAGAAGCAGUUCAACAAAUCGGGAGACCUCAGCAUGAACCUGCUCCGGCACGAGGACCGGCCGCAGCGCCGCAGCUCCGUGAAGAAGAUCGAGAAGAUGAAGGAGAAGAGGCAGGCAAAGUAUUCUGAGAACAAGCUGAAAUGCACGAAAGCCCGGAACGACUACCUGCUGAACCUGGCGGCCACCAACGCAGCCAUAAGCAAAUACUACAUCCACGAUGUCUCCGACCUGAUUGACUGCUGUGACCUGGGCUUCCACGCCAGCCUGGCCCGCACCUUUCGGACCUACCUCUCCGCCGAGUACAACCUGGAAACCUCUCGCCACGAGGGGCUGGAUGUCAUCGAGAAUGCAGUGGACAACCUGGAUUCCCGAAGCGACAAGCACACCGUCAUGGACAUGUGCAACCAGGUCUUCUGCCCUCCGCUCAAGUUCGAGUUCCAGCCCCACAUGGGGGAUGAGGUGUGCCAGGUCAGCGCUCAGCAGCCCGUCCAGACGGAACUGCUCAUGCGGUACCACCAGCUGCAGUCCAGACUGGCCACUCUCAAGAUAGAGAAUGAGGAGGUUAGAAAAACCCUGGAUGCCACCAUGCAGACCUUACAGGACAUGCUGACCGUGGAGGACUUUGACGUCUCCGACGCCUUCCAACACAGUCGAUCCACAGAGUCCGUCAAGUCGGCCGCCUCUGAGACUUACAUGAGCAAGAUCAACAUUGCCAAAAGGAGAGCCAACCAGCAGGAAACAGAAAUGUUUUAUUUUACAAAAUUUAAAGAAUAUGUGAACGGCAGUAACCUCAUCACUAAGCUGCAGGCCAAGCACGACUUGCUCAAGCAGACCCUGGGUGAAGGGGAGAGAGCAGAAUGCGGCACAACCAGGCCCCCCUGUCUUCCCCCUAAGCCACAGAAAAUGAGGAGACCUAGGCCUCUCUCAGUGUGUAGCCAUAAACUAUUUAACGGCUGUAUGGAAGCGUUCAUUAAGGAUUCAGGACAAGCUAUCCCACUCGUAGUUGAGAGCUGCAUCCGAUACAUCAAUUUAUACGGACUCCAGCAGCAAGGGAUCUUCAGAGUGCCAGGAUCUCAGGUCGAAGUCAAUGACAUCAAAAAUUCCUUUGAGAGAGGUGAAGACCCCCUUGUGGAUGACCAAAAUGAACGAGAUAUCAAUUCGGUCGCUGGGGUUUUAAAACUGUAUUUCCGAGGACUGGAAAACCCACUCUUUCCUAAGGAAAGGUUUCAAGAUUUGAUAUCUACUAUUAAACUGGAGAACCCAGCUGAGAGGGUGCACCAGAUCCAGCAAAUCCUCGUCACCCUUCCCCGCGUGGUCAUUGUGGUCAUGAGAUACCUCUUCGCUUUCCUCAACCACCUCUCGCAGUAUAGUGACGAAAACAUGAUGGACCCCUACAACCUGGCCAUCUGCUUCGGGCCCACCCUCAUGCACAUCCCUGAUGGGCAAGACCCUGUGUCCUGCCAGGCACACGUCAACGAAGUCAUCAAAACCAUCAUCAUCCAUCAUGAAGCCAUCUUUCCCAGCCCUCGGGAGCUAGAGGGACCCGUGUAUGAAAAAUGCAUGGCAGGAGGGGAAGAAUAUUGUGACAGCCCACACAGCGAGCCAGGGACCAUCGAUGAAGUUGACCACGACAAUGGCACCGAGCCUCACACCAGUGAUGAAGAAGUGGAGCAGAUCGAGGCCAUCGCCAAGUUUGACUACGUGGGGCGGUCACCGCGUGAACUGUCCUUCAAGAAGGGGGCCUCACUGCUCCUGUACCACCGUGCCUCGGAGGACUGGUGGGAGGGUCGUCACAAUGGUGUGGAUGGACUCAUCCCUCAUCAGUACAUAGUCGUACAGGACAUGGACGAUGCCUUCUCGGACAGCCUGAGCCAAAAGGCUGACAGUGAGGCCAGCAGCGGGCCGCUGCUGGAUGACAAGGCCUCCUCCAAAAACGACCUCCAGUCCCCCACAGAGCACAUCUCAGAUUACGGCUUUGGGGGGGUGAUGGGCCGAGUGCGGUUACGAUCCGAUGGAGCGGCCAUCCCCAGGCGCCGAAGCGGGGGCGACACGCACAGCCCGCCCCGGGGCCUGGGCCCCAGCAUAGACACGCCGCCCCGGGCCGCCGCCUGCCCCAGCAGCCCCCACAAAAUCCCGCUCACCCGGGGGAGGAUCGAGAGCCCGGAGAAGCGGAGGAUGGCGACGUUCGGGAGCGCCGGCAGCAUCAACUACCCUGACAAGAAGGCGCUCUCCGAGGGGCACUCGAUGAGGUCGACGUGCGGCUCCACCAGGCACAGCAGCCUGGGGGACCACAAGUCCCUGGAGGCUGAGGCCCUGGCAGAAGACAUCGAGAAGACCAUGAGCACGGCUCUACAUGAGCUGCGGGAACUCGAGAGGCAGAACACAGUCAAGCAGGCGCCAGAUGUGGUGCUGGAUACCCUGGAGCCCCUGAAGAACCCGCCAGGUCCCAUCAGCUCGGAGCCCGCCAGCCCCCUGCACACCAUUGUCAUCCGUGACCCCGACGCCGCCAUGCGCCGCAGCAGCAGCUCCUCCACUGAGAUGAUGACCACCUUCAAGCCAGCCCUAUCUGCCCGCCUGGCCGGUGCCCAGCUGCGCCCGCCCCCCAUGCGGCCGGUGCGGCCCGUGGUCCAGCAUCGGUCCAGCAGCAGCAGCAGCUCGGGCGUGGGCAGCCCAGCUGUGACGCCCACCGAGAAGAUGUUCCCCAACAGCUCAGCCGACAAGUCGGGCACCAUGUGACCUGCAGGAUGGGCGGCACCGCCCUGCCCGCUGUGGCUCGCCAUGGCCAAGGGUGGCCUCUGUGACCUCCACGUCCUUACCAGUGCUCAAGGCCUUGUCAAGCAGAGACCAGAAGGUCAGCCUGGGAGCACGUGUGUGCAGAGCUUAGGCCGGGCACUGGCCGCAGCUCACGUUCAGCCAUGUGAAUCCCACAGCCCUCGCGAGUGUAAACAGACGCUCAGAGGAGCGCAGGAGCAAGCUAAGCGGCCCAACCAGAGCGUUUCCUCAGAUUGUGGCAAGAUGUUCAAUGGCUUCGCCUGCAUAUCGUCACUGGAAAAUUCUUCUCUCGACAUUCUCUCUACGUACAUACGUACGUGUAUAUAUAUGUGUGUGCAUAUAUACACGUAUGUAUGUGUGUAUGUGUCUGUAGGUGUGUGUAUAUAUAUAUUUAUGCAUCUAUAUACAUAUACUAGAUCUGGACACACAUACUAAGUGUAUAUAGGAUCUCCUUUUUCUUUUUCUGAAACUUAGAUUUACCUCAGACCCAUGCCACCAAACAUCUCCCGCUGAGUUAUUUGGUGGGAUCUGCAGGGACUUUUCUGGGAGAACUCAGAGGCCCACAGUAACUGCGAAUGAAGCAAUAUACCACUAACCUGCAGAAAAACAAAACAGUCUCCCACUGUCUCCAGAAGCCGUGGCCUUCCAGAACAGUCUGCCCUUACAGGAAGGGUGGGGCAGGCGGUACCCCAAGCAGGCUGCCCCUAGAGGUGGGGAACCCUUCACAGAACCCCCCCACCCCCUCCACCCCAGAGACCCUGCCUUUCCACCCGGAGGCCAAGGGCCAACUGUACCUCCAAAGGCACGGGGAGGACGUUGGCGAGAAGACCCCUGGCCACAGCAUUCUUGUGUUUGUAUGUGGAAAAAGGGGAUAGCAACCCCCUAAGCCCCAUUGUAGCACAGUAUUGUGUGUGGUUGGGAAAAAGGAAAAAUCAACACAGUGGUGUGGAACACUUCCGAACCUAGAAACGCUGUAGGAAUAAAUGUGGUAACUAUAGAGGUUUAACUUAUACCAUUUUCAAAAUAUUUAAGUUUUUAUUUUCCUCUUUCUACUAAUUAUCCUGUGUCAGAUCUGGAACUAAACAGGCAAGGAGGCUUUGGGUCACAUCAUUUUAAUUUAAAAUCAGGCCGUGACGCACUUGGCUGGUGCCUCUUGCAUGAAGCGCAUGGGCCCUAAGUGCCCAGCUCAGACCAGGGGCCCAGGAGGGGCGCCCCUUGGCACUUUCCAACCUAGAGAACACGUCCGUUGAGUUUAUGCAAGUGAAAUAGCUUCCCUCUCUCCCUUCCCUUCCCUUCCACUCGCCUCCUCCAGAGCAUUUAGUGUAAUUGAAAAUACGGUGAUAGAAUUGGGGUGCAUGAUGUUCAAGUAUUUUGCCUCUUGGCUGGGAAAAGACCUUCCGGAACCCUUGUUUGAUUCCAUUUUAAUGUUUUGAUUCCCACUUCCUCUUUCGAUCUCUUCAUUUCCCAGAGCUGGGCUGUUUCUGGCUAAUGGGACACAGGUGGAUCAGAUUCUAACAGGACCACUUUUACCCGCUCCCCUCAUGCCAAGCCAAAGGCUUCCUUCCUAUUGUUCUCCAGCUUCCUCUCUUUCUCUCCCUCGAGGCCUCUGAGUGUGUCUCCAUGGCUGUGGUUUGGAGUCAAAAGUUCUGUGUCUGAGUCCCAGCCCCCCACCCCACCUUAGGUGCUCUGGGACUGUGGCCAUGUCACUCCACCUCAUUGAGCCUCAGUGUCCUGCUCCAUAAAAUGAAGAGAAUAAAGAUAAAAUGUGAGCAAGCUGUGUAAACUGGAAAGCAGUGUGCCAACACUAUUGUUCUUUUUCUUAUCAUUAGUAGGGUAAGUCUUUUAGAUCAAAAACCAUCCAGGACCUUCCUUUUGAAACCUCCUAAUAGCAAUGGAGAAGUGGGCAGUGGAAUUUUCCUACCAGCUUCUAACAGCCCUGAAGCACAGCCCUACAGAUACAUCACCUAUUGACGCUUGAAAUGCCAUCAUUCCCAUUUCAACCCAUUGGAUUAAGUUUUGCCCUCUCCUCUGGUCCUCCGUAAAAAGGUAAACAUACCCCAGAGGGAGGGACUGUUAAGUCACUAGUAUCUGGGCGUGUAGGAGUGGUAAGCCAUUCUGCCUUGUCUGAAGGACUGGCAUUGAGAGCACACAGCGGAAGGAAGGACCAAGAAAGGGCACAGAAAGAGAACGCCAGGGAGAGGCCAAUGACAAACUUGACCCUCCUUGUUUUGCCUAGAACGAACCGUUCUCUUUUAGCUCCUGGAAAUGAAAGCACCUCGGAACCAGCUAGGAGCCCUCUGCCUUGGAGCCCAUAAAGGUAUCCCCGUUUUACAGCUUAGGAAAGAAAGCUAGACCUUGGGAUAUGCUAUGACUUGCCCAAGAUUUAAUAGAUAGCUGAGAGUGGGGCUGUGUCAGGCUCGUAAAGUCAUUUACUUGCAAGGACACUCUGCUGUCCAGCCAGGUCACAAGACAUCUCAUUUCUACCCCAGAGAUAUGCCCAGACCUUAAAAGCAGUAGCCUGCUGCGUAAAAUGUGACCUGCUCUGCCAUGACUACCAGAGGAAAAGUGACAAUCUGAGUUGACAGAUCUGUCUCCUGAUAUGCAUAACACCAGUCAGACCGUGUGGAUUUUCGUCUCAAUUGACUAACUUUGUUUUUUCUUGCUGAAGUGGACCUGCCUUUCACUGAAUGACCUCAAGGCAGAGCCUUGGCUGUUUUCUUUAAGCACUUAUUUUUCCAUUGGGAAACGGCUGGUGAGUUCACAUCUAGGGAAGCUCACCCCCCACUCAUCCAGCCCCAAAUCUGAGCCUUGACGCAGAACCAAAUGGAAAAAUCCUUUCCUGUGCCCCUCCCCCCACUUCCUCAUCUGGCUCUCUGCAUGUCACCCUCCACAAGCACCGGGUCCCAUCCAUAGUCUCUGAGCAUUGGCAUCCUCUUCCUGACUCCUGCCUGUGUUAGUCCACUAUAUAUUGCUGUAUUUGCUUAAAUGCUGGAAAGUAACUGUUAAAAUGUGAAACUGUAAUUUUUAAAAAGGCUACAGUUAAAUUAUAGUCAAUGCCACUCACCAAAUCUUUGCACCUAGUAGAUAGAUCAAUGUAAAAAACAAAUACCAGAAACCUAACUGUACAGUGAGUGUGGGGGAAAUGUAGUAACCUAGUUAGUAGUCCUCAAUAUAACCAAUUGUACAAGGGGCAGUGGUGUUUACCUACUUGUCCAUCACCAUUACUGAAAGCUGUACUGAUCAGUUCGUUGAUAACGGGCAUUUUUUUUUUUUUUUUUUUUUUUUACUUCACAGAAUGAGUUCUUUUCUUAACCUUCAACUUACCCUGAGGUCAAGCCUUUUGUCUUUACGUGUAACCGAUGUUCAGUCUAUUUUUAGGAAUGAACCAGCAAGAUGUUCAUUUAAAACUGACCAAAGACAAUUCAUUCCUGGUCUAGUUUCCUGGGCCUCGGGGCCCAGCUGCCGCUAAAGACCUUUCUGGGAUAAAAUUGAGAACAAGCUGUGCUUCCCACCCCACGCCCCCUGUCCCCCUUUAUUCCCUGUUCCUCUUAAAGAGCUGCUCUGAGCUGUGGGAUUCUAUGAAAAAUUCUUGCCUUUCCUUGUUUUCAGUGCUAACGAUUUCUCACCUUGAAGCGCCUUUUGAACCCCAGACAGAGCGCAUAACUGGAGGGAAUUGUAAGCUUGGGAAGUAGACUUGGGAGUCUUUUCUCUGAGGUCACCAGGCCAAGGGGCAGGAGAGAAAUGGAUUCCCAAGGGACGAAAGGUUUCUAUUCAACAAAGAAAUCUGAGUGGGAAGAGACACAGGGAAAUGGAGCCAUCCUUUGGCCACGGCUGGAACCAGCAGUUCAGAGAUCUGCCUUAUAAACACUUCAGAACUGGUUUGUGGUACGCGGAGGGGAGCCAGUGUGGGGAAGGGCCUUUGCGUGGGGCUUCCUUCCCUGUUGGAGGCCCUUGGAGUGCCUUGUUGGGUAUCUUUCUUUCUCAUUCAGGAGGCAUGAAUGCGGAGGACUUCCUAUGACCUGGUGGUUACCUGGCGCCCAGCGCACGUACACGGCUGGUGGAAAACCACAAGGACUAAUGUAAUGGUUCUUCCUCUCAGUCUUUCUGUUCUUAACUUUCCACACAUCCAGAUGGUUCCACACCAGAGCAAAUGCCUCAUUCUCCCGAGAAAGCCAGAAAGAAGAAUGGCUGGCUCCCAACCACGGUGGGGGCCCUGUGGGGCUUGUUGGGACGGGCAGGGAGGAAAAGGCAGGAAGGGGUGAGCCGAGGUGUUGCUUAGCCGAUUUUCUGCUGUGCAGAGCUAAUGCUGACGUUUCAUGUCAACUUCCCCGGUUCUCUGGGGACUCCUCUCUUCUGAGCAGCCAUGUAGAGAAUUCCCCACGUACCCAGAGCUGCCCAGGGGAGUGGAGAGAAGGACUUUGCUGUCAGGUCGGAGUCCUCCUGGCCUCUCUGAGGUUGAUCUGCCAGUGUCCUGCUGUCCCACCCUCUGGGACUGGCCAAAUGGCCAGCGCUGCCCCUUGCUGACACCUCCUUUCUGUGUGAACUGUCCCAGGCAAAUAACAAAGCUGUUCCUUGAACCAGUACAACCAGAGUGCACUUUGCCUUCCUUAGACGGAAGUAGAUUCUGGCUAGAGUUUCCGCUCAGGCUCUAGUCCCCGGCGGUGUGGCUGUUUACACGGUUUGGCAUUAGGUUCGGUUCUGAUUGCUUCAGAGUGGCUGGUCUCUUUCGUUUCCUUCGGUUUCCUUCCUCCCCAAACUGUGUCAGGAAAAAACAAACUGAAACCACCCUAGGAAAUUGCUGGUUGCCUGUCCCCCCGUGAUGAUCAGUCUUGCCCUCUCCCAGAUCCUGUUUCUCCACCCAACGCCCGUCCUCUAGAGUGUCUGACUGGAUCCUCUGUCGCGUAUUCUGAUGGUGCCUGCUGGUUUGACGUGGAGCUAUCCUGUGAAAUAAAACAGCUUAACUUUUCUCAAA